CUUUGACAAAAAAAACAAAAAAAAAACGGUGUGAGUGACGGAGGGCUGACCUCUUUUCCUGCCAACGCACUGAAAAGCUCUGAACAUCUCAUGCCGACGAUGAAAAUAUGGCAGCUGAAAGAGCAAGGUCCUUCCGUCGUGUUGGUAGUCUAAUGCGGAGUAAAUCUGAGGGGACACUGAUUGACCUGGGUGACAGUGCCUCAACAAGCGACAACCUGAAUGGUGGGUAUGUGACACGAAUCACACAGAACUCUGAGUGGCCACUUUUACAGCCAGAAGUCACUCAUCCAUCUCAGACAAAAAAUCCCUUUUGGAACAAACUAUCUGGAUCAAACCCUUUCUUAGAUGACAUUGUGCAUAGCGGCACAGACAAACACAUUUCCAACACAUCAAAUGUAAAACAAGACAGUAAAAAACAUCUUGACACAAAUAACGAUGACGACAUCAGCACAUCUUCAGACGAAGGCAACUUGGGGAACUUUUUGGAAAACAAACACAAAGUCUCCAACAGAUCUGGAAGGUGGAGAAGUGCUUCGGACAUUCUGGAUGAUCUGGAGAGAAAAGUGCCAAAACGGGAGGACAGCUUCAAACCGCCCAGGCCAGUGCUGAACCCUGAUUUUGAGUGGCUGAAGAACGACAGAGAGGCCUAUAAGAUGGCCUGGCUGAGCCACAGGCAGCUAACCCGCUCAUGCCUGGACUUAAAUCUGAUGAGCCAGAGCCCCGGAUGGGCUCAGACACAGGCCACCGGCUUUCAGGUUAUCUGCAGGAUCGGCCACUCUGGAGGGUCAGUACAGCUACCGGAAUCAGAAGUUAGCAUCCAUAUCCCGGAAGGCCACGUUCCUCCUGGAGAAGUCCAGGAAGUUACACUGAAAGCAAUGCUAGACCCUCCUCCUGGACUCAAUAACAACUACAUGACAACCAUGAGUCCGCUUCUAGAGGUGGUUCUCAGCAACAUCAACAUAAAGGAGUGUAUCUCUCUGGAGAUGAAACUUUCUGGAGAGGUGAAAGGUGACCCGUUAAGUCAGGUGAUGACUACUGUGGUCGGAAUGGUGUCCACCAAAAGAGAGGGACCUUAUAUAAAAGUGGAUGAUUGUUACAUUUACAAAAACAUGAUGCAGAUGAAGCUCCAGGACCUGAAAACACAUUUUUAUGUGACUGCAGUCGCAGAGGCCUCUGCAAUUCAGUCCCCUGCUACAUCAGUAUGGGAUUACCUUCACCGCCAAAUCACUGUAGCAGUUUAUGGUCCCAGGUACAUCCAUCCAUCAUUCAAGGUAGUAAUAGUGGUUUGCUGUCAUGAGGAGGUUCCACCAAAGCUUCCAUUUUCAGAUAUAUGUAGAGGCAACAAGAGCCUGCCUCCGCUUGUUCUGCAGCUUUGGGGAAAACUCCAGUUUAAACCAGACAAACUGAAUAACCUGCAUGUCAGAGUUAGCAUCACAGACUCAGGGUUUAAAAUCAAACCUGAGGACGAACUGAAAGAAGUGAGGCAAAGUCAGCUCAAGAUAGGCACAGUUUUGCAUCUGCCAGUUGCAUUAUCUUGUGCCAGUAAAACAGAAAUUACUCCCUUUAAAUUAGACCUACAAGUGAAGGAAUCAAACACUGCGACUGCUGCACAUUUCCAGGUGCCCUCCCCUUCUGCAGCACCCAUUCGAUCAGAAAAGCGAGCGCCAAGGCAGAUAGAAAGGCGGACUGAAAUGGCAAAAACCUUGGCCAUUCCUGAGGAAAGUGGUCCAGUUUUCCUCAAAUUUGAAGACAAACCUGUGAACCUACAGUGGUACGGUGUAGCCCUAAAGUCUGUUCUACGUCAGCCACGCGUGGACUACCUUCUGGAGUACUUCAAGGGGGACACUGUGGCUCUCCUUUCCAGAGAGACCGUUAGGUCGGUGGGUAAUUCAAAAGUAAAGGAGUGGUAUAUCGGAUUUCUGCGAGGUAGGACUGGUUUGGUUCACUGCAAAAACAUGAAGCUCAUUACCAGAGACCAGGUGAUUGACUUUACAGGCAUUCAAAUCGGCACAGAGGUCCUCUUGGACAACAUGACGCUGCCCUUCAAGAAGCUUACUUACAUGUACUCUGCCAUCCAGACACUGGUCACUGAGCAUAUAACCAGUUGGACAGGCUUUGCUGAUGCUUUAGGGUACAGCAACCUGUCGCUGGACACCAUUACACGGAGGCACGCUGAAACUGAAGCUGAUAAGGUGGCCUGUGUUCUGGAAAAGCUGAAGGAAGACUGUCACGCUGAGAAGAGCAGGAAAAAGUUUCUGCAUGAACUCAUGGUGGGCCUGCUCAAGAUGGACUCUGUGAAUCUAGUGGCUCAGCUGAUUCAGAACACAGUCAUCCUGUCCACUGCUGUGGAGCUCGGGGUUCGAUGGCGGGAGCUUGCUGAGAAGAUAGGAAAACUCUCCAGCAUUCAGAUAGCCAGCUAUGAGGCACCACACCGAGGGAGGAGUGGAGAAGUUGGUCCCCAGUCAAUGUGGAAGCCUGCCUACGACUUCCUGUACUCCUGGAGUCUGCGUUAUGGAGACAGCUACAGGGACAUGAUCCAGGAUCUGCACCUGGUCCUGGACAAAAUGAGAAAUCCUGCCACCAGACAGUGGAGGCAGCUGACUGGUGCCCUCAUCACAGCAAACUGUCUCGACAUCUUUCGAGCCUCUGCAUACCCGAAAAGCUAAGCUUUUUGCAAAUGCAGUCUGGUGACGUCGACGACCUCCGCGCACUUGGGGAGAGGUUUUGUUACAUAAGGUUUUGUUAAAGAUGUUACUUAACUAUUUCUCUUUCUGUAACUCUUUUCUAGUUUUUUUUUUUUUUUUUUUUUUUACCAA